GGGGAUUCUGCGAUGAAUCUUUCUGUCGUGGUGUAGAGGAGUCGUAUGGGAAGUGAGACAAUGCCAAAGUCAAAGGAACUUGUGUCUUCAAGCUCAUCUGCCAGUGAUUCAGAUAGUGAAGUUGACAAAAAGGCAAAGCGGAAAAAGCAAGUAGCUCCAGAAAAGCCUGUUAAGAAACAAAAGAGUGGUGAAAGUUCAAAAGGUGCAGCUUCUUCUAAGCAAAGCAGUAACAGAGAUGAGAAUAUGUUUCAGAUUGGCAAAAUGAGGUACGUCAGCGUUCGUGACUUUAAAGGAAAAGUCUUAAUUGAUAUUAGGGAAUAUUGGAUGGAUCAAGAAGGUGAAAUGAAGCCUGGCAGAAAAGGUAUUUCUUUAAAUCCAGAACAGUGGAACCAGCUGAAGGAACAGAUUUCUGAUAUUGAUGAUGCAGUGAAAAAACUGUAAAUACAGAGCUAUACAGAAACCUUUUAUUAUUUCAGUUGCUUUAAGUGGUCUUUUUACAUUGGCAUUUGUUUUCUAAAAUAUUGUUUUCCAAGCUAUUGUAUAUUUAUUUGGAUUACUAAAUGAUUUGUAAAAUGAAUAUGUGCAUUAAAAGUGUAUUCUGAAUGAGGCUAUUUGUGUAUACAUUACUAAAAGGAAAUGUGUUGCUUUCACCUCAUAGUAUAAAAUAAAAAAAUCAAAUAAUAUGUAAAGCA